CGGAAUGUGUAGAAUAUAACUCUGUUACAGGAUCAUUUAAUAUUAAAAUGGAAAUGAUUAUUCUUUAUGCUUCCCAAUCAGUAAAGUUUAAGCAUUUGGGCGAAUCAGGACUUAACAUCAAAGUAGGAAAUAUAUAUCUUAUCUCAGAAUUCGUUAAGUUUUCUGAUUCUGGUAAAAUCAUGAUAGAAGCCACGGAUAUCGAUUACCAAAAAUCUUCAAUUUAUAAUUCUAACGUGAUUGAGAUUCCCUCUGAUAAACCAAAAUCUCGCUCGAUUAUCGAUAUCAUCGCUGAUGAUAUAGAGUCUGUUAAUUCCAACAAUCAAUCUUCCACGCUUUAUGCAAAAAUCAAUUCAACGCUUGAAAAAAAGAAUGAAUCUGAUUUAGAUGUUGAGAGUAAUACCAAAGAACCGGAAAGUGGUCAUAAAAAAGAAAAGACAACAUUUUCUGACGAAUAUACUAAAGAAUUGCAAAGCGACGAAGAAGAAAAGGCAAUAUUGUCUGACGAAUAUACAAAAUUGACAGACGAAAACGAAGAACAAGAAGACGAAGAACAACCUAAAAAGAGAAAGAGAAGUAUUAGA